UGAGUUAUUUCUGAUAUGUAUUUACUGUGACUUGAACUAGCAUUUAUUUAUCAGUUGCUUGCUCUGAGUCAGAGAAAGGGUUUUUGUGUUUGGGUGUGUUUUUUUUUUUUUUUUGAAUGAACCUCAUCUCAUGCACGAUUUACUUUCAAGAGAUUUGAGUUGGUAGAUGACUAUUUGGGUCACAAACAUCUCACGGGUUUCUGACAGAGCAGCUAGCAGCUGAUUCAGAGGCACUGCUCUUUUUACCCUAGUCCCUCCGUGUAUUUCUCUGUAAUGAAAAUGCUGAGGACAAUGAGCUGUAGGUAAACCAGUCCUGGGUUCAGUGCUGCCCAGGGACUCCUGUUUUUAAGGGCAGGUGCAUUUGAGUUUUUUCUCUGGGCAAGUCCCACGAUUUAUAUUUUUUUUCCUGUUUUCUCAGACUACUGAAACUGUCCUAGGGUGCAGCUAUUGAAGUGGAAUUGCAGGUUUUGAAAAUGUUUCCCAGGCUACACCCAAUUGGAUCCAAAGAGUUGUCUUCAUGAGCAGUGAUGAAGGGGGCAAACAUGGCCCUCUUUGAUGUUUGAAGAGGUCAGGAUCACCAAGGCAUCACUGGGCAUCUCUGUGAAAGGGGAUAAUCGUCAUUGGAUUUAGAGACUACCUAGAUUAGGGGUCCCCAACCCCAGGGCCAUGGACUGGUGCUGGUCCAUGACCUACUACGAAGUGGGAGGCACAGCAGGAGGUGAGCAGAGAUCGAAAUCAAAACCAUCCCCCACCUCCAUCUGAGGAAAACUUAUCUUCCACAAAACUGAUCCUUGGUGCCCCAAAUUUGGGGACUGGCGAGUCCUAGAUAAUCCAAGAAGAUCUUCUCAAGACUCUUAAUGAUCUGUACUGUAUCAAGAUGCUCUGAAGAAUAGCAACUACCAUUAGGAAUGUCUACUGUUACAAAAUGACUAAAAAAAAUUCUAGCAUCUUCCAUUUUGCCAUCAUCUUUAUAUUAAUACUUGAGAUCAGAACCCAAUUAUCUGAUGAAAGUGAAUUUUUAAUUGACAGGUCAAAAACAGGUCUCACCUAUGUUCCCAAAGACUUAUCCCUGGAAACAACAAUCUUAGAUAUAUCACACAACUAUAUUUCUGAGCUUCAGAUGCCUGAUAUCCUCUCACUAUCAAAGCUGAAGAUUUUGAUAAUUUCUCAUAAUAGAAUCCAGUAUCUUGACUUGAGUGUUUUUCAGUUCAACCAGAAACUGGAAUACUUGGAUUUGUCCCACAACAAUUUGGAGAUGAUUUCUUGCCACCCUACUCUGAACCUCAAGCACUUAGACCUCUCAUUUAACACAUUUGAUGCCCUGCCCAUAUGCCAAGAGUUUGGCAACAUGUCUCAACUAGAAUUUCUGGGGUUGAGUGCCACACAGUUACAAAAAUCCAGUGUGCGGUCGAUCGCUCAUUUGCACAUCAGCAAGGUUUUAUUGGUCUUAGGGGACACUUAUGGGGAAAGAGAAGACGCUGAGAGCCUUCAAGACCUUAACACACAGAGCCUGCACAUCGUUUUCCCCACAGGAAAGGAAUUCCAUUUUAUUUUGGACGUGUCAGUCAGCACCACAGUGAGUCUGGAACUGUCUAAUGUCAAAUGUGUGCUUGAUGAUAAUGGGUGUUCUUAUUUCGAAAAUGUUCUGUCAAAACUUCAAAGGAACUCAAGGUUAUCAAAUCUCACUUUAAACAAUAUUGAAAUAACUUGGAAUUCCUUCCUUAUGAUCCUCCAGUUGGUUUGGCGUACAAACAUCGAGUAUUUCUCCAUUUCAAAUGUAAAACUACAAGGUUACCUUGGCUUUACAGAUUUUGAUUAUUCUGACACGUCACUGAAGGCCUUGUCGAUACACAAAGUUGUCCAUGAUGUGUUCAGUCUUCCACAAGGUUCUAUCUAUAAAAUCUUGUCAAAUAUGAACAUCCAACAUCUCACAGUAUCUGCUGCGCAUAUGGUCCACAUGGUCUGCCCAUCCCAAGUCAGCCCAUUUUUGUAUUUGAACUUUUCCAGUAAUCUCUUAACAGACAUGGUUUUCAAAAACUGUACAAACUUGGCUAAUUUGAAGACACUUAUCUUACAAAAGAAUCAGUGAAAAGAACUUGCAAAUAUAGUUCAUAUGACCCAGGAAAUGAAGUCUCUACAACAACUGGAUGUUAGCCAGAAUUCCCUGAUAUAUGAUGAAAGUGAAGGAAAUUGCCCUUGGGCCAGAAGUUUAUUAAGUUUAAAUAUGUCUUCAAAUAUACUUACUGACUCUGUUUUCAGAUGUUUACCUCCUCGGAUCAAGGUUCUUGAUCUUCACAAUAACAGAAUAAGGAGCAUCCCUAAAGAUGUCACUGGUCUAGGAACUUUGCAAGAACUCAACCUUGCUUCCAAUUCUUUAGCCCACCUUCCUGGAUGUGGUAUCUUUAGCGGCCUUUCUAUACUGAUCAUUGAUUAUAAUUCAAUUUCCAAUCCAUCAGCCGAUUUCUUCCAGAGCUGCCAGAAGAUUAGGUCCCUCAAAGCAGGGAACAAUCCAUUCCAAUGUUCCUGUGAGCUGAGAGAGUUUAUCCAAAGUGUAGGCCAAGUAUCCAGUGAAGUGGUAGAGGAUUGGCCUGAUUCUUAUAAGUGUGACUAUCCAGAGAGCUAUAAGGGAGCCCGUCUAAAGGACUUCCAUGUAUCUGAGCUGUCAUGCAACACGGCUCUGCUGAUUGUCACCAUCGUGGUCCCUGGGCUGGUGUUGGCCGUUACCGUGACUGUCCUCUGCAUCUACCUGGAUCUGCCCUGGUACCUCAGAAUGGUGUGUCAGUGGACCCAGACUCGGCGCAGGGCCAGGAAUGUGCCCUUGGAAGAACUCCAAAGAACUCUUCAGUUCCAUGCUUUUAUUUCAUACAGUGGGCAGGAUUCUGCCUGGGUGAAGAAUGAAUUAAUACCAAACCUAGAAAAAGAAGAUAUAAGAAUUUGUCUCCAUGAGAGAAACUUUGUUGCUGGCAAGAGCAUCGUGGAAAAUAUCAUCAACUGCAUUGAGAAAAGCUACAAGUCCAUCUUCAUUUUAUCUCCCAACUUUGUCCAGAGCGAGUGGUGCCAUUAUGAACUCUACUUUGCCCACCACAAUCUCUUCCAUGAAGGAUCUAAUAACUUAAUCCUGAUCUUGCUGGAUCCCAUUCCACAGUAUUCCAUUCCUAACAGCUAUCGCAAGCUAAGAGCUCUCAUGGCACAGAGAACUUAUUUGGAAUGGCCCAAGGAGAAGAGUAAACGUGGACUUUUUUGGGCUAACCUAAGAGCAUCCAUUAAUAUUAAAUUGACGGGAAAAGCAGCAGAAAUAAGUUACACAGAGAUUUAAAAAUUUUCCUCUGCUGAGUUUGGGAAAUUGUUGCUGAUUUUGGAAGCUCUAACAAUGACCUUAUUUUGUAUUGACAUGGAUAUAAACAUGAUUUUGAAUUUAGGAUGUAGAUAAAAAUAUGGAGCUUCCCUCGUGGCUCAGUAGUAAAGUGUCUGCCUGCCAGUGCAGGAGAGACAGAUUUGACCCCUGGUCUGGGAGGAUCCCACAUGCUGCAGAGCAACUAAACCUGUGUACCACAACUAUUGAGCCUCACUCUAGAGCCCAGGAGCCCCCAGUACUGAGCCCAAGUGCCACAACUACUGAAGCCCGUGAACCCUAGAGCGCGUGCAGCGUAACAAAGGGAAGCCAUUGCAGUGAGAAGCCCUUGCACUGCAACUAGAGAAUAGCCCCUGCUCACACAACUAGAGAAAAGUCCACACGGCGACCAAGACCCAGCACCGCCAAAAAUAAAAUAAUUACAUAAGCAAUGUAAAAAGUGUUUAUGUCUUUUCAGGCCCCAGUUCCUCAUGUAUAUGUGGCAAUAAAAAUUGAUGAAAUGAUAUAAUUUCAAUUGAAAC